AAUUCUUUCAAUAUUUAUUUGAAGCUGGUGAAGUAAGCCAAGACCAAUAUAAUCUUUUAGUUUUUAGGCAUCAUUAUCCUGUAACAGAGCAAGCUAUGGAUUAUGCAAGAAAUAGAAUCAAUAAUGUUAAUAGAAUUUUAAAUAGAGUUCCACAGGAAUAUAGAAAUAUAGUCGCACAGGGGCUAAUGGAUAAUUUUAUUCCAUAUAUACAUAUAAAUAGGACUAGAGCCAAUCCUGUUACAUAUGAAAGUAUAAUUGAGCAUCAUGGUGAGCGGUUAGCUGAAACUAAUAAUUCAUUAUGUAAAGAGUGUUUAAUGCCAAUAGUAUUUGGUGAGGAGCUCUGUGAAGAAUGCCAGCAAGAAGAACAAAUUAUUCCUCAAUGGAUGUUUGAAUAA